UGCAAAAACAACAGAAACUAGCGGUCGUGCAAGAACAACUGAUGCUGGUACGAACAAAGCUUGUUCUGAGGACUCCCUGAUGUGCCGACGACAAGCUCAACAGUUGUGGAUUGAGUCCCUUGCUCAGACGGACCGCCACACCGGUCGCAACGUACUGCAGAUGGCGAUUGAGAGUGUGGGAGUACACGUGCAUCUGAUAGAGCUGCUGCUGAAGGCAUGUGCGCUGGACGCAACGGUCUUGCAUGAUGUGCUGCGACACCAAGAUUUUGAUGGUGAAACUUGCGUAAAAAAGGCCGUUCGAUUAGGAAGGAAGGACGUCCUGGAGGCUUUGCGAAGACACUUCAAAAUCUAACUUGUUGAGUAGAAGAAGAAACUAACGAGCUAUGAAAUAGAAGUUCUUCCUACAAGAACACCAGUAAUGCUUCUUCAUGUCUGCUUAUUUCUGCUUGUCAGUUUUUCUUUUUGUAGUGAUCUUCAUAGUUGUCAUGGUUUCUUAAUAAGUUAUCUUUUCGUUUUCAUUUUGAUUUAUUUCAAUGUACUAGUAGUUCUUACAUUAUCUUCAUUGACAAGGUAGUGUUGCUGAGCAAGAACCACAUCUUCAUGAUCAUGAUAGAAUUACAUACUUUUUUAUGCAUGAUGAACAUGAGUAACAUGAUCAGCGGACAAAAUCCCUAUUCCGAAAGUUCCCCUGAAGAACGUUAGAGCACAUAAUUUGAUUAGGGCCAUUCACAAAUUACUUCAUUACUUUCAACAGAUACUUCUACCAUAAACAAAUCCCAUAUUCUUAUUCUUAUUCCUAUUACCACAUCAAAAGUCCUAUCCUUGUUCAACAGAUUUUGCCACAGAUUAUAUUACCACAAAUAUUAUACCACGGAUAUUACCACAUGGUCUCCUGCUGUUCAAUUGUUCAAAGUGUUUACCUAUUACCGCAUUGUAGACUCUCCGGCUUGAGAUAAUCUAUUAGACUAGAUCAGUAGGUUGUAGCUGUCUUGCCUAUGUCAUCGGUUUUGAUCUUGCGAUACCUCGCAUUUUCAUCAUACUGCUAUUGCCGCGAGUUGUGCUUGUG